GAAGAAUAUUCAUAUUGAUUUUUCCGAUUUUCUGAAAAAUGUAUUCGGGUAAAGACCCGGUGAACUUGUUGGGCUUUGUAUAUGUGGAGGCAGGCUUUUAUCAUGCUCUGUAGUGGGUCGUAAACAGACUGAAAAGGCCGUACUGAAUGUUUAUGGGCUCCUACUAUUGGGCCUCCUUUAGAUCACUAUGGGCUUUCUAUUCACUAACGAGAUCCGGAUAGCCCACAAAAGUUGGUAAAGCCCGUCCACCCGCAAUUUGCGAGAGUAUAUCUCACGCGCUCCUAAUCGUCGUCGUGUAUCACCUGUUUCUUUUUCCCGAAGGAAACGCACCAAAAUAAACCACGACUUGUGGAAUCCAUUUAAAGGAGAGGCCGAUUUCGCAUUAUGCGCGUGGCGAGUGUUGGCACUGAAAGGACGAGCUAAAUGUGGUGGCACUGAACGCACGCACGAAUUCCUCGCCGAUAUUCAGAAGCUUAUGCACGUGCGUGCUCUUCUUCCUCCUCGUCUUAUGCUUCUAUUUAUGGCGGGAAGACCCUCAUAUUUUCCCGGAAAAUAUCCCAUCGCAACACCGACGAGGAAGACUCAAUCUCAUACGGGAGACCUGCGUUUUUAAUUUCCAAGGAUCCUCUGCAUGAAAUGAUGGCUUCUAGUUCGUCUCCUUCGUUCACCCUGUCUUCUGUCACGGUGGCCGUUGACAAGGCCACGAGCGAGCUCCUGCUCACUCCUGAUUGGACCAUCAUCCUCGCCAUCUGCGAUUCCGUCAAUUCUCACCACUGGCAGGGUAAAGAUGCCGUCAAAGCAGUGAAGAGGAGAUUGCAGCACAAGAACGCUAAACUGUUGGAGGCAAUGGUGAAAAACUGCGGGGAGCAUCUGCAUUCUCAAAUUGCUGAGAAACAUCUACUUGGGGAGAUGGUCAGGAUUGUGAGAAAAAAGGGGGACUUCGAAGUAAGGAACAAAAUCUUGAUCUUAUUGGACACUUGGCACGAAGCUUUUGGGGGCGUCGCUUGCAGAUUCCCCCAUUAUAACUGGGCGUACGAGGAGUUGAGGCGCUCUGGGGUUAGAUUCCCUGAACGUUCACAAGAAGCAGCCCUGAUGCUUAGAACAUCGAUUGCUCGACCGAGUUUGGCGCAGUCUUCAUCUGGGAAUCUACUAUCCAGCAGUUCAUUUAGAAGGCUCGAUGAGACAAUGGCGACUGAAAUCGAGAGUUUAAGCUUAUCAAGCCUUGAAUCAAUGAGAAAUGUGAUGGACCUUGUGAACGAGAUGGUGCAAGCCGUCACUACUGCAGAUGGCUCAGCUCUAAAGGAUGAACUGAUAGUUGAUUUGGUAGACCACUGCCGCUCUAAUCAAAAGAAACUAAUCCAGAUGCUCAUGACGACCGUGGAUGGGGAGGUCUUGGCACGGGGGUUGGAGUUGAAUGACUCUAUGCAGGGCGUUCUGGCGAGACAUGAUGCUAUUGCCUCUAGUAUCUCUCUUCCUCCCUCACUUGCUGCAACUUCCGAACCAAAAUUCACCAUCACUGCUGAAAGAACAUCGGAGACAAGCCCAGACGCGAAAGCUGGAACUGCUUCUGCGGCCGCCAUUGAUCCCGAGUCUGUAAGUUCUUCUUCGAGCAGUGAAAGUGAACCUGAUGAGGAAGAAGAAGAAGAUGAUGACUUUGCACAGUUAGCGAAAAGGCACGUGCAAAUGUGUGCCGAAGAGACUGAAGAAGAGGCACUACUUCUUCUGGGCAAGAAUGAUAACACAACAACAGAGCCACAAUCAUCACAGUGCAAAGAUUUAGCUUUAACCAACCAAGAAGUCCCCACGUCAAUGACGAAGGCAGAGCAGGACAUCAUGGAGCUUCUAAGCCUAACAAUAUCAACCACGGGUCCGCCCUCUACGCAGCCACAAAUGAAUCAGUCAUUGGACCACCAGAGUAGCCAUCACAAUCAAUCUUCCACAGAGCAGAUCCUGCUCAAUAGCUAUGUCGUCCCCUGGGCACAGUCUCGAGCAGAAGAUGGUUCACCAUCCCAAUCGCAACUCCAGCAAAAAGCUCAGCUUCACCCAGAAGGAGGAGGUCACUUUGAAUCAGUGACACAAUUUUCAUACGGGUAUCCACCACCGCCGUGGGUGGAUGGCCAACGGGUGAGGGAGGGGGAGCAGCAGAAGGUUUUAGACACGCAUUUGCAGUACUCUAAUUCGUUUGUUGCAAGAGGAAUCAGCAAAGAAUCGACGAGAGCAGAGACGGGCUCAGUGCAGAAGCCGUACGUUCCUCCUUACAAAUUAUUUGAAGAUCUGAAUGUGUUCUGGAAUGCAGGAGGAAGCGUUAAGAGUGGCAAAUGAGCCAAAGACCACCGACUGUCACGAAGAAGAAAUGAAGGGUCAGAGCAUCUCAUGUUAUUCUCCUUUUCCUUUUUAAAAAUAGAUAUUGUAUUGAAAAUUGAACUCAAUAAAAUACAGUUGGAUCAGAGAAAGUAAACCAAGGAGUUAAAGUAAUACUGAUUGGGAUGUUUUGUGCGCUUUGCGUCAUGUUGGUCGAAAAUAUAAGUAACACAGUAUUGCCACGGACGAGAUUGUGGCGACACGGAUUUCAGAGCACCCGAACUGUCUGUCCGAAGAACCGCGGAUUUAUGUUUUCCUGACCAGGCAAUGUCCAAAGGGGUACGCAUUGGACGAAAUAAAGUAACUUGGACGUGCCUCGUGCGGUCUACUCGCGUCAGGCGAUGAAGCACGUGCACUUUAUAUUUCCAUUUUCUUCUAUAAACGUAUUAGAUUCCGUGUUUCUUUAUGUCUUGCUUAGCACGAUUAGAACCCAUGAAACGCCCAAUUGCCGCGUGGAUCGGUCCAGAGAUCCGUCCAUCACGUGACAAUAUGACCUACUGUGUGACAUUCUGCCCUUGUGGAAAUUGAAUACUUAUUGAAAAUCCCUCACCAUGUGACACUGAGAACGAACAUGAAGAGCACAAUAUGUAAUUUCCGUGAA